CUUUUCCGCACGCUGCACCCGCCCGCACCCAGCACCCAACACCCAAGCCAUUCUCACCCAAAAUCACCACCUGCGCCCGCAAAAAUUUCCUGAUUAUCGAAACAGCUACACUCUCUUACACCACCACCUCUACCCGCAUCCGCAUCUUCAUCGCCUUUCGCGCUCCACGCCAUUCUUUGCGCACGACGACCAUCCCAACGCCAACGACUUCAAUCUCGACGCUGCGGAAGGGUUCCACGUUGCUGGUUGCGCUCGCGCUAGCGCUUUCGUGGUUGUUCAGACGGUGCCGUGGCUGUGCUGGUGGAGGAAACAGUCGACGACCUACUCGAUUGACAUCAAACCGCAAAAAGAGUCAACUGCGCACUGUCAUGAGUACCUCGACGACGUAACAUCCUCAUUCCUCCUGCUCUUAAUCGAGUCCAGCAUCCUACCCCACCUCCUCAACACGACGAAGCAUUCCUCGAUUCCUCGCCCACGGCAACAUUCCUCUUCCCCCGACGACGAUACCGCUUCAUUGGGACCAAACCACCACCAACAGUCGCGCUCUAUUACGCGUCCGUUCUCUCACAACUUGGGUGUAUAAUUUGGUCGCGCCACCACGAGGAAACAAGGAGAAGAGAACAAACCACCACACGCGAUUUUACAUCUAUGCCGGCUGGACAAUAAAUCUGCGACGUCAUCUCGAAAGAGAACCGAUUCUCCGCAAAACCUCUCUGUCUUAGUUUUUCGUCUCAGAUACUGUAUCAUAAACGAGAGACUCUACAUUCCAGCAAGCAGCUUCAUAUAUCAUGUCGUACUCAAACGGAGGCGGCGGCACCUUGACGCUCCCCUCCCCCACACAUGUUCACCAUGUCGACGUAACUUCUGCAGUGAGAUCUCUCCGACGCUCACUGUCACGAUCUCCCUCAAAAUUCAACUUGGUGAGAAAAUCGCCCAGCUCAUCUCCAAAAUCACCACUUUCGCCAUCUCCACUAUCCCCACCACAACGCGCCAUCUCCAAUCCGGCUAUUUUCACGGGAUUUAGUAACCCCCCACAUACACCAUCACCGUUGGCAGUUCCUUUUCCACCAAGUGCAAAACUCGCGCUGCGCUCGUCAGGACGGGCAAAGACAGCGCCUCCGCGACCAAAUUCUCGACGAACCUCACCCAAGAGUCCUAUGAAGCGCGCUCUGAGUCAGGCACUCGACAGUGGAAACAGUGCUCCCCCUCUCUUAUCUACCUGGGUUAUUGGAGGCCAGGAGAACAGUAGCCCGGCUGAGCGCAAGAGUCUCGAGAGAAGCAAUAGGAUGUCCUUGAAUUUGGACUCAAAUGCGCCAGUCAACCAUGCACUUUCGAGGUUGGGCGACGGAAGUAGUGAUGGGCUUCUUGCAUCGACAUCUAGCCCGCUCAAGAGAAGCGAUGCUAUCAUGAACUUGGACCAGGCAAGUUUAGGCAGUCCUGUUGCAAAGAGAAGAAGUUUGCACGGCUCCGCGAGUUUUGGCCACGACUUUAAUGUUUUCGACCACGAACCAGCAGCCACACCCCAAUUUGACAUCCACGAUGAUGCAGCUCCGGAAUAUGAGCUUUCUACCGCAUCUAUCGUUACAGACCCUUCGUCUCCAUUCACCUCGAUGCCUCGACGGUCCUCGUCUCUGCGCAAAUCUACAUUGCAGCAAAGGCACGGCGAGAAGACAUCAUGGGGAAGGCGACAUGCCGCACAAGUUCUUGCACAGCAACAACUCAACGCUGCAAACUCAGGUAAUGCGAACCAGGAGGUUACUAUUUCAACACCAAUCAAGAAUCGACCACGACUAUCCCUGGACCAGUUCGUUGCUCCCUUGCCAAGAGACAGCCCUUUCUCAUCGCAGGGCAAUCUCCCCAGCGCAUCAAUCCAUCCGAUGAACGCUCCUACACAUCAACCUCACCCACUUUCCCGAACUAUGACAACCUCAUCCUCUAGUUCUAGCUUGCCGGACGAUUCUCCAACACAUGUUCCCGUGAACUUUGGUGACCAUCCUCGACCAAAAAUGGACUUCUCGAAAUCCUUGCCAGCGGGAUCCUCCAGACCAUUCGCCCCAGAGACGUCUUCAGGACAAGAUGAGUUUUCAACACCAAUGAAUUACAAGGCGGCAAAGCCUUUCGCAGCUGCAUUUAUGACCACAGGGUUGAUAUCGAAAGUGAAUCGUUUUCCGGAAGAGGAACCCCUUUCUCGUGCUGGCAAAGGUGUUCCCGAUACACCUUGCAAGAAACAGGCCAACAUCUUCCACACAUGUCCUCAAAACGUCCCAGGCAGUGCCAUCGCUAAGGCUCGACAUGUCAGACACUCCUUUGGCAACCCAUCUACACCAUUCAACCCCCAUGGAUCAGGGUCCUCAAUUUCAUUUGGAAAAGGGGGCAGCGUUUUUGGCGAUAUUUAUAGUCAAACCGGGUUGACUCGAAGAGGAAGUUUCCUCAGCAUCGAUGGAGAUGAUCAUGAUGGAUCACCUGACGCGAAAAUGGAUGGCCAAUGUUCUGACUUUGAGCUACCUCCAACACCAACCAAACAGGCAAAUGUGUCUGGAUCGUCACUAUUUCAGAGCGAUGGAAGUCCCAGCACCAACCGAUUUUCCGCUUCCAUGGCGGGGCUCGGAUACGGACUUUCCAAGAAACUCGCAAGAACGAGUAGUAAGUUAAAUCUCUCAGCCAGUCCAAAUCAAACGGAUGUCGAAGACAACGAUGCGUCGAUGGACAUGAACGAUUCUCCGACGCCAGCGCUCCUACGUUCUGACUCGGCCCCAUUCAUGUCCACCCCGUCAGUUAGUCAUUCGCGUCUCCGGAAAACGUUCGUGUCACAGUGUUCGAAUCCACUGUUGCAAAAGCUUAAUAUUUCAUCUCUUACCCCCUCUCGAAAACCCGGUUUUGCUAAAAUUAGUCACGUAGCUCCAGCCAGUCCGUUGGAGCGUAUAGAUUUCAUUGAGCGACUAUCGCCUCGCACACCACAGGAGAGCUAUGCACCACCAGACCCAAGUGGACUCUCGAUCUCCCAUCACCAUACAUCCAAAUCGGCACCAGGUAACAGCAUAUUCCCUCCUGCAACACCAACUGCUGGACGGGAGUACUUCCCACUGCUUAGUGAUCGAAGACUUAGCAUGACCCCAGUCAGCCACUUCCCCUCCAUUGGAGUCGACGAAUCUCUAGCAUCUAGGUUUGAAAAGGUCGUGAAGGCUGGCGAAGGAGAGUUCUCAACAGUUUACAAGGUCACCCAAACUACCCCGGCCCUGGGUAAUUCGCAGCCAUUUUUCUUUGGUUCUCGAUCACCGUCUCACGGUCGCUCACCAGCAACCCCAUCGCCAGAGCGAGUGUUUGCCGUGAAGAAAUCACGACACCCAUACAAAGGCAACAGUGAUCGCCAGAGGAAGCUACAAGAGGUGGAGGUGCUUAAGGGAUUGGGACAUUCCGAUCACGUCUUAAAUUAUAUUGACAGUUGGGAGGAUAACAAUCAUUUGUACAUCCAGACCGAGUAUUGUGAAGAGGGAAGCUUAGAAGGCUUCAUCAACACCAUCGGCGAUAAAGGUAGAUUGGACGACUUUCGCAUCUGGAAACUUCUCCUUGAAGUCGCAUCCGUGAGUACACCUUUCUCAAGAUAAAAGACUAAUUUGCUAAUAUAACCAGGGCCUUUGCCACAUACAUGAGUCGGGAUUCAUCCACUUGGACAUCAAGCCUGCCAACAUCUUGAUUACUUUUGAAGGUGCUCUGAAGAUUGCAGAUUUUGGAAUGGCUACCUCCUGGCCCGCUCAACCUGGAAUUGAAGGCGAGGGUGACCGGUUGUAUAUUGCACCGGAAACUCUUUCCGGAAACCUUGAUAAGCCCGCCGAUGUUUUUGCUUUGGGCAUUAUGAUGAUUGAGAUUGCUGGCAAUUGCGAAUUGCCUGAAAACGGUCCUUUUUGGCAAGAGCUACGAUCGGGCCAUAUUAGUAGCGACCUUACGCACAGCUCAAGCAGCAGCGGUGGCGCUUUACGCGAUGCUACAGGAAUACCCUUCCAAAGAGGCGACACCCCAAUGGGCUCGUGUCCUAGCGACGACGGAAUUGCGACUGAUUUCGGAUCCCCCACAAUGGGCUCCCGCAAGAGAAGUUUUGCCACUUCAAAUAGAUCCCUUUCCCACGAUGCCGGAAAUCUUUUCGGGUUUGGCAGAAGGGGAGAACUUCACCAAGGUCCUGUCUUCAUGACUGACGCAACUCACUGCGAAUCUUUGGAAAAGACCGUUGAGUUGAUGAUCAGGCCAAACCCACAAGACCGACCCACCGCUCAACAAGUGCUACAAUUUCCUGGAGUUCAAUGGGUCGCGUCUCGUCGCCGUGCAGGAGCAAGCGUUUUCGAGGGCAACUUUGGGCCUGCCGAUGAGGUGUUAGCAGAUGAUGCGGAGAUGAUGGAUGUUUGAGUGUGUCUUUAGGAAACUCAACAUAUGAUCGGUCGCCGUAACUCGUUCACUCCUGGAUAUGGAUUGACGAGUCUUGGAUGAUCGCCGCUUUGAAUUUUUCGAUCGGUGUUACGGCGUUUGGCAAAGUUUGACUGGGUGCCGGGCAAGAAGACCCUCCACCUACGAACGAUGAACAACGAAAAAAAUCCCCAUAGUUCGCUUUCUAUUCUUACUACUACAUAAUUCCGCCAUGGCGACACUGCAAAUCGCCCUUUUACGCAUUCACGAAGCCGAUGAUUUGGAACGAUGAUGAUAGACUCAGAUUGUAUGAGUGUGGAAACACCACCGAGUUAAUUAAUCAUGUCUGGAUUUUCUUGGGAAGGGGGAGGAAAAGAUUAAUUCUUUUUGUACUCCUUUACUCCUACCUUUUUUUGUUCCCUUUUUUGACAUGGUCUAAAGAUGACGAUGCUUAGAUGAGAGGGUUUUCUUUUUCUUUUCACUUCAAAAUGGAAUGGGGCAUUUUGUUGUUUCUGUGUUGUUUACUGGGAAUUGGGGGUGGGGGAAUUAUGGGAAGGGGUGGGAACUGGAUGGGAUGGAUGUGGGGUUAAAUGUUUAUUUUGUUUUGGAAGGAAAGGGGAGUGGGAGUAGGAGAGGCCGAUGGAUUGAUUGAUUGAUUGAUGGGAUGUGAAAAUAUGAUGAUGGGCCUUACUUGAUACAUUGUGGCAUUAACUGAAACUAUGAGUGUUUCUCUCUCACACUUCUUAUCUUUUUGGUUCUUGCUGGUAUCUUGUGAGGUGUGGUUUUUUUCUUCUUUCUUUUGGAUUCUCGAGGGGGUUUCAUCUUCCUGUUCUCUUCCCUUUUUUCCUUUUUGUCUCUCUUGACCUGAUUUGAGGUUGGGAUGAUGGCAGUAAGAUUACACAAACUAGAUGGGGAAAAGGGGCUUUUUGG